AUGAUGCCUGAUCGGGAGACGGUAGGGGGUCCUGGCACUGGCAGCGGUGGUUUUUUGCCACUACAGUUCCCAUCAGCAUUCGCAGCUUUCCAUGCUUCAACACCACCCGGCGCAGCCACCACAGCAAUGCACCACGCAACACAUUAUCAUCAUCAUGCACAGUUAGCAGCGGCAGCAGCAGCGGCAGCCGGGGCUACCAGCGAGUUGAGUUACCUUGCAGCACUACAUCCAGCCUAUCGUCCCGUGCCUUAUGAUCAUCCUCUUUAUGGUGCUAAUACUCUACGAGGUUUGGAAUAUUUGAGUGCAGCUAGAAGUUUGCAUCCGGAAUUGCAUGCCGGGAGUACAUUAGCCAGUCAAGAUUUUCAACUUAGUUUGGAAGGAUCAAGAAUAGCUUCUCCAAAUCGUUUGAGGUUAUCCGGCGGGGCAAUAGGUGCGUCGGCAAAUAGAAAACGAGCAGUUUCAUGGAGUCCCUACUCUGCUGAGUCGUUAGACCUGGCAGCUGUCAUCAGAGCAUCACCUGCUAGCUUAGCUGUCAGAGCGCCUUCAGCGGCCUCCACCGGCAGCUAUGGACACCUUAGUGCUGGUGCAAUAUCUCCGGCGCUGUCGUUGUCUCAUGCGUCUCUCGCUCAACAACUUCUGGCGAGAGGCGGUGUUGGUGGUAGCAGUGUGCUGUCCGGAGGUGUGCUGCUUGAUCCUGCUCAUCAACAGGCUGCGGCAGCUGCGGCACACCAUGCUGCGCAUGCGCAUCUUGUUGCCGGAAUACACAGAUCUCAUAUAUCUUCACCGACUCAGCUCCUCAUAGGUGGUCCAGUGGAUGUCAGAAAUGGUUUGGGUUUAGAUGGAACACCUCCUCAUAUGCAACAGCCGCCACAGCAACCCGAAAUCACUAGCGUCAUGGAAGCAGAUAGCGCAUCAACGGCCUUAACGCAGCGCAAAUCACCCCAAGUAUUGGUUUCUCAUAGAGACAAUAUGCAUGGCAAUAAACCGUUAUCAGCAGCUGCCGAAAGUACUGUACAUGACGGGCUCGACUCUAAGGAUGAGCCUGGGGACUUUAUAGAGACAAAUUGUCAUUGGGUUGACUGUAAACUUGAGUUUCCAACACAAGACGAUCUUGUAAAACAUAUAAAUACAGAUCAUAUUCAUGCUAGUAAAAAAGCCUUCGUCUGUCGCUGGGUUGGAUGUUCUAGAGAUGAAAAGCCUUUUAAAGCUCAAUAUAUGCUGGUAGUUCAUAUGAGAAGACAUACGGGAGAAAAACCCCAUAAAUGUACAUUUGAAGGUUGCUGCAAAGCCUAUUCGCGUUUGGAAAAUUUAAAGACUCAUCUGCGAAGUCACACUGGAGAGAAACCUUACACCUGCGAGUAUCCUGGAUGUGCGAAAGCUUUUUCCAAUGCCAGUGACCGUGCUAAGCAUCAGAACCGAACGCAUAGUAAUGAGAAACCAUACGUUUGCAAGGCUCCAGGAUGUACAAAAAGAUACACAGAUCCAUCAUCUCUCAGAAAACACGUGAAGACAGUACAUGGCGCAGAAUUUUAUGCCAGUAAAAAACAUAAAGGUUGUAGUCGUGGGGAUGACUCAGCAGAAUCUGGUGGAGGUUGUGCUGGUUCUUCGCCGAGGUCGGAGGAGGGAGGUGCUCUUAUCAGAGGUCACACCUCUUCAGCCUCCGUCAAGAGCGAAAGUCCGGCUUCACCACUACCGCUUAUGCACACUACAGCACAUCAGCUCUCAGCACAGUGCGGUGGAGAUUUAGACUUUGGUGGUUCAGGGCUAGGUGGAUUUAGUGACGAACACGGAGCCCCAUACUUCCGACUUGAUGGCGAUGUGGAACAAGAAGUGGUUGGUGAAGUUGGUCAGCUCCCACUGAUGCUUCGUGCGAUGGUUGCUAUUGGAGAACCACGACAUGGACCAAGAUUCGGUAACAAAAUGGCCCUUGGGAGACUUAUGCCUUCUGUACAUGACAUGGGUGCCGUCCAAGGAAGAACAGAAUUGGGCAGUACUAACGUAGCAGUCGAACUGAAGACUGGAGUCCCAAACACAAGAAGAGAUUCUGGAAUUUCAUCAGGAAGCAGCUUGUAUAGUGCGAGGUCUUCAGAUAUCUCACGCAAAAGUAGCCAAGCAUCUGUAGUAUCAGGUGCAGUUGCUACAACCAUUGGCAUUGCUGGACCCCAGAGGCUUGCCUCUCAACACACUAACGUAUAUGAUCAAUUAUCACCUGAUAGUAGCAGAAGAUCUAGUCAAGUGUCAUGCGUAGGAUAUGCACCACCACCAUCAUCAGCUUUGGCAGCAGUACAAGCUGUAAGAACCUCGCAAGGUCACCAGGCUGUAUUACUUCGCGGUGUAACCUGUUCCGAAGUUAGAGCUGAAGAAUUGGCUCUGGAACUAGAUCCCAAUGUACAGGUUAAAGAAGAAGCUAGAAGACUUUCAGAGCAAUCAAAUCUAAGUGACCAAGCUCAAAGCUAUCAACCUUAUCCCUCUAAUAACGACGACGUGGGUGAGACUCCAUUCCCGUUUAAAACAGAAGAUGACCAUGAAAUAGCCUAUAAGGAAUCCCGUUCCAAUUCCACUAACACAGUUGUUAUUACUACAGCUCAAGUUCAUCACCCAAAUCAAGAAGUAAAUCUAGAACAGGUUGCUGAAGGAGAAAUGGUGGAGAACAAGCUGGUGAUACCAGACGAAAUGAUGCAAUAUCUUAACCAAUCAAUAUUGGGAACCGACUCGGUAACACCAGCCAAAACGGACUCUACCAACCUCAAACCUGAAGCAAGUAAAAACAAUGAUACAACCAAAGACAUUCUAACCAGUCAAACACAAACAAACAAUUCCAGUGACAAAAUAAGUGAUGUCGCUACUAGUGACGAUUCUCUUCUAAAAAAUCUAGGUGCCAUAGGAAGUGAUCUCAACAUAAGUGAUAUUCAAGUCGAUUUAAGGUCAUUAGACGUUAGCAUGUCUGGUAAUAGCGGCUCUCUUUUAGCUGCCAAAAGUCCAGAUGAAAAGAAUCCUCCACUUCAAGAACAGGUUAUAUCUGAAGUCGCAAAUGAAAAAUGCGAAGAAUACUUAAAACCUCCCGCUAAUAAUGCAGCCAAUAAUCCUUUGCAAUCAUUGCAAACGAUGGCUGCCAAUCAAACGGAGCAAUCAAACAGAAUGAGGAUUAAUAAUUCUCUACCUCAAAAGCCAGCUAUUAGUCCUAAGACUAUUAUUAUGACACCUCAAACAGUUAUGAGUCCUAAUUUGGUUCAUAGUAUGUUAAGUCCACAGAGUCUACCACAUAGUUCUAUGAGUCCACAGAGUAUAAGAAGUCCACAACACAUGCCACCAGGUAUAAUGAGCCCUCCAAGUAUAUACAAUGUUAUGAGCCCUCAGAGUGUAAUGUCUGUUAUGUCUCCGCAACAUAAUGCAAUGAGUCCACAGAGUAUGCCAAGUUUAAUGAGUCCGCAAAUGCCCAAUCAAAUGAUGAGUCCGCGUAACAACAACAUAGGUAGUCCUAUUACGCAAAACAUGGGAAGUCCAAUGAUGAAUAUAACCAGUCCAAUGAAUCAAAACAUAGCAAGUCCAAUGAGUCAUGGAAUGCCUAGUCCAAUGCAUCCGGGUCUCCAAAGCCCUAAUCCUAUGGUACAAAACCUCUCUAAUAUGCCAAGAAAUUCGCAAACGAUUCAAAAUCAAAAUCAACACCUUAUGAUGAAUAUGAAUCCAGCACAACAAUUGUCGCAACAACAAGCCUAUAAUAAUCAUCAGAAUUGUAAUUCUAAGCUCCCAAACAAAAAUUACAACAAUGUCCCUAACCAAUACCAAAACCAAACAUACACUCAAGCAGCAGCAUAUCCUACGCAAAAUCAAAUGAAUAUAAAUAUGAGAAAUCAAAAUAUACAGCAGUACCAAAUGAUGCAACAAUUCAAUCAAAACCAAGCACAGAUACCGAUGAUGCCUCCAAAUAAUUCGAAUAUGGCUUACGGUAACCAAAUGCAAAAUUAUGCUCAACAUGGCAGUUAUACAAACCAGAGUAAUCAAUUGCAUCCGAUGCAAAUAUCUAGGUCUUCUAUGAUGAGCGUCGACAAUAGUGGCAAUAUGAACCGAGGGUCGUUAAAUGGUUAUUACGAACAGACCAUGAGUCCGUCUGCACAGAAUCCGCAGUACAAUCAAAAUGUACAAUAUCCAGCUCCACCUCCAUACAACGCGGUGAACAAUGCAGCUAAUGUUAUGGGUCCGCCGCCACCGAAAAACAAUCAUCAAUAUAACCAAGCUAUGAUGAACAACAAUCAAUAUUAUAACAACCAGAGAUCUUACAAUCAAUGGGACUAUCCGGGUAAUCAGUUCAAUAAACAUAAUAUGCAAAAAUCUACACAAAACUCAGUUAACAUGUCAACUGGUAGCCAUAAACCUGUCGUGAACGGUACACGAAUAUCAAUGAAUUGCAACCAAAUAAUGAAAAAUCCUGGUGAACAAACUGAUUGUAGUAUGAACAGCUUAAGGAGUCAAAAUAACCAGGCUGAUGUUCAAGUGUGGGAUAUAUCUCAAUCUCAAAUAGAGGCUACGAAUGGUAGGAAGAAGAAUCAAAAUACUAUGCGUCAAGAAACUUACCAGCGGACUUUAGAAUACGUUGAGAAUUGCGAAAACUGGAAGAGUUCUGAAAUAGUUUCUAGCAGUACACACCCUCUACAAGGCGGAGACAAUAUGGUUGUGAACGACCUCAGGACUUCCUUAUCUUCGUUUUAUGAAGAGAAUCAAUAUUUGCAAAUGAUUCAAUAA